AUGAUACGGCCCCAACGGCUUCGUCGCGUCGCGACGGCCGUCCCGCGCUCACGCACACGCACCCCCUCGUCCGGCCCCGAAUGCGAAUGGCCUCUCCUCAAGAAACGAGCCAGACCCCCAACCCAAGACGACACCAUCCACAGCGGCGGCACGUCCCUCAUCGCGAGCCUCAAAAGCCGACAACCACAGGCGCCCACGACAGCCCUCUCGCCCUCGCCCGUCCCCGAGCCAGACCCCCGUGUCAUGCUCAUCCUCCACGGGCUCAGUCCCAACCUCAACGCCAGCGACUUCUACCGGCUCGCGCCCAGCCAUCUCUCCUCCUGGCAGAGCGUCAUCAAAAAAGUCCAACAACAACGGCAUCCGACGACCCUCGAGCCCCUGGGCCGCUACCACAUAUCCUUCUCCACUGCCGCGGCGGCAGUAUCCUACCGCGACCACCUCCUCCGGCUGCACAGUCUCGCCCACCACAAGAUCCGCUGCCCCGGCGGCCUCUGGGAAAGCUCUGCACCGACACACCUGAGGUCGCCGACGGGCGAGGACCCGGCCUCGGAGCUGGCCGCGUACACAGCCACGUCCGGGACGCAGCGCAGCGUGGACUCCCAGCGCCGGCGCGUCUCGGCCAACAAGUGGGCGCAGAGGCUGAGCAGCGCCGUCAAGAAGUUCGACCUCGGCGACCGGCCGGCCGCGGUCUUGGUCCACGCCUACCCGCCGACGCUGACGGCUGGCGCUCUGGCCAAGCACAUUGCCGGGGACGCGCUGUCGAGGGGCUGCGAGUGGAAAGUCUGUCCGCCGCAGGGGUUGUCGCAGGCCAUGCGACCCGAACGAGCCGAGCGAGCCGCGGGUAGGGAACACGACACCGACACGCGGGACAAGCUGGGGGGUCGAUUUGUCGUCGUCUGCGCCGACGACGCCGAGGCACGGCGGUUUCAUCGCCACUGGAACCAGAGAAUCCUGACGGCUGGCCCGGGGGACCCAGAGGCCGUGACAACAAGUAACGUACUUCAUGCUUCGAUAAUAAACUGGUAG